CGCGCUUGGAGAGAGUGGUUUUUGUCAAAUAGAGUAUAAAAAAAAAAGAAUAAAAAAGUAAGGAGAGAAAUUGGAGAUGGCUUGAAAUGAAAACACACCAAACCCUAACCUCACAUUCACAAAUUUCUUAUCUUUUGCUCCCAAUCUCUAGAUUCUUUCAUUUUGAUUACACACUUCCAAAACAAAGAGAAAAGAAAUCAAGAACCCUAAAAUCAAAGCUAGAAAAUCAGUAGUUUCUUCCCUCUUGUUCUUGAAUUAGGGCUAAUUUUCUUUUCCCCUAAAGUAAAUUCUCCAGAACCCUAAAGAACAAAAAAAACUUCAUAAAGAUCAGAUCUUUCCUAAGAAAAAGAGAUACCCAACUCAUGUUUUUGUGUGUCUCUGUAUAUAGAUAAAACACUACAUACCCAUAUUUGUGUGUAUACAUAUAUAUAUAUUAAAGAGGAAAGUAAGGCAACCAAAAAUGGGAAGGGGAAGAGUAGAGCUGAAGAGGAUAGAGAACAAAAUCAACAGACAAGUAACGUUUGCAAAGCGUAGGAACGGUUUGUUGAAGAAAGCGUAUGAAUUGUCUGUUCUUUGCGAUGCUGAGGUUGCUCUCAUCAUCUUCUCCAACCGUGGAAAGCUCUAUGAGUUUUGCAGCUCCUCAAACAUGAUCAAGACAUUGGAACGGUACCAGAAAUGUAGCUACGGCUCCAUUGAAAUCAACAACAAACCUGCCAAAGAACUUGAGGAUUUAGGACCUCUGAAUUCAAAGGAAUUAGAGCAGCUUGAGCGUCAACUAGACGGCUCUCUCAAGCAAGUGCGGUCCAUCAAGACACAGUACAUGCUUGACCAGCUCUCUGAUCUUCAAAGCAAAGAGCAAAUGUUGCUUGAAACCAAUAGAGCUUUGUCAAUGAAGCUGGAUGAUAUGAUUGGUGUGAGAAGUCAUCACAUGGGAGGAGGAGGAGGAGGAUGGGAAGGCAACGAACAGAACGUUUCCUACGCGCAUCAUCAAGCUCAGUCUCAGGGACUGUACCAGCCUCUUGAAUGCAAUCCAACUCUGCAAAUCGGGUAUGACAAUCCGGUGUGCUCCGAGCAGAUAACUGCGACAACACAAGCUCAGGCGCAGCCAGGAAACGGUUACAUCCCAGGCUGGAUGCUCUGAAAGUCAUGUGAUAUUAAAGCUCACCAACAACGAAAAACUGUUAUAUAUCAAAUAUAUAAAAAAAAGUAUAGACACAAGACUUGGAUUUGCGGACAUAAGUGGCUAUAUAUAAUGUCCUGAGGAUCUUUAGGACAGUUGUGUCUUUUGGGAACAAUUGCUAUUUUAAUUAAGGAUUGAAAUGCGUGUGGAACUAUUGAACCUUGUCAAAGUAGUACACUAAGAAGCAUGUAAUGAGAAACAUAUUAACUGGAUUACGAUAUGGAGAUCUGUACUUGACCCAAUUGCAAACCUCUCGGCCAAAUUUAUAAAACAUCACAUAUUAAUAAAAGGUUGAGUAAUUCAUUCAAGAUGAUGUAAAAAGGUUCAUGCUUUGGACAAUUAAAACACUGCGUCAGAGGCAUAUCGUGAGAAUUCCUGUGUGUGUUUUGCUGUUAUUGUGAGGAUUUCCUCAUUACCCCAUAAGCUAACUGUGCAGAGCGACAUUUCCUCACUUCCCCAUCAUAUAUAUACCAUUUACUGUAGAUAGACAAUAUUUACAGAUGAAAGCAAUUUGCACAUCUCUCUGUUGCCUUGUCCAUCUCCACGGUUUCAGAUUAGACAGUACAAGACAGGAUUAAUGAUGAUCAGUCACGGUGUUUCGUUGAACUCCAUCACCUUUCCACAAACAGGACAGUCUUCGCUUCUCUCCAUCCAUUCAUAAAUGCAACUGAGGUGGAAAUGGUGAGAACACUUCGUAACAAUCUUCGGGUUCUCUGAUAUGUAUUCUGCGAAAAGACACGUUGGACAGACAUCUUCAUCAUCAGACAUUAUAUACACGCCUUCAUUACCAGCAUCCAUUGACUUCGACUUGAGAAUUCUCCGACUGGAUUUAGAGAACUCUUCUCUGGAAUCCUCACCAGAGAUGACAAGUUUCUUAGCCCAUUUGCUUCCUUCCACUGAGAAAGACUCAGAAUCCAAAUCAGCGUCACUUCUUAGAGGCUCAGCUUCCUCAUGAGAGUGACUUGAGCCCUUAUCGCGUCUUGAUACGAGCGAAUCACGGCGUGACCGGAAGUAUCCUGGAUCAGCAUCAUAAGGCAGAGGCCUUGGAGUAGAGUGGAAUGUGUUAGACAUAAAGUUAUCAUAGGAAGUAGAGGAAGUUAUCGAUACAGUAGUAGCUUGUAAGGAGGAUGGGAGAGAGCGGGUUUCGCUUCUUCUGAAUAAAGAGAUGUACUGCAAAAAGAGAUAAAAAAAUUCAGAGCUUUGAUGAGCUCUGCUUUGAAAAAAAACUAGCAGUUCCAAAGUAAAACACUGUGAAGAGAACAUUACCAAGUGAAGGAAGUUAUUAACAAGACAUCUCGGGCAUGGGCAGUUUCUAUUUACGGAACUACCUGGAUUCGUGUAGUCCUCAGAUUCUUCUACCCGAAAGCAAGAAGAAACACAGCCCAUCUCUUUCUCUUAUAUGUUCUUCGUACUUCUUUCUAACUCAAGAACUUGCAGGCAAAUUCCACCCACAACACUGAGAUGUACCAAAAUCACAAACCCGGUUUAGGGAAGUCCUUCUUAACCUUCACCAAGAAUGCCAAAUACGAGGUUCCUAUUUACAGAAACUCUCCCAAGAUUUCACCAGCAAUCUGCUUUCGAAUUUUCACCUGUAAAAAGAUCUGAUCACUGUUUGUUUUUGAUAAAAUGAUCUGAAUUCACUGUUUGGAGUUUUACACCUCUCUUCAGUCACAAACCAACAAAAGAAAAACAUUUAUAAUUGAAAACAACUAACUUUUAAGUAGAGAGAUUCCCAGCAAGAGACAUCAAAACAUUCACCUAACUCGGCACAAAUUUGUGUGUUUGGCCAAAAAGAAAACUCGAGGCAUCAUUUUGGGAAAUAAAGGCACAAUUGGGUCAAAGUGAAAUGCAAGCAAGUAACCGAUUCAAAGUUGCAACUAAAAUCCCUAACAAACGCAAUAAAACAGAGAAACCCACGAUGACUCAGAGAAUUCAAUUAAACAGAAAAAAGCAGCAAAAUUUGAUCAGAAAAAUAAAGAGGAACACUUUGAGAUUGUUACUAAUCAUAGUCGAUCAAAACCCA